AUGGGGAGCCGCUACUUCUCCCCUUUUCCAAGUGAUGACGGUAAAGAGAUCCGUCGUGCUGUGAUAGAGGCUGCUGCUGCUCUGGGCUCAUGUGGCUGGUGGGGUCCUGAGCGUGUUGAAGCAGCAACAGCAGCAGCACAAGACAUACGCAGCAGUAGCAGCAGCAGCAGCUUGCUUCCCCUUGCUGACCUUCUUGAUUCAGCAGCGGAAUAUAUGGAAGGAUUUGAUUCCAAUGAUAACUCAAGGCCAGGGUGUAUUUACUCAGGAGACGCGGGGGUUGCCUAUGCAUAUAUUAGAAGGGCCGAGCGGUUGAUAGCAGAUGCAGAAGCAAAGAGACGCUGCCUCCAAAAAGGCAGUGGGGAAGCAGCAGCAACAGCAGCAACAGCAGCAGCAGCAGGUGGAGACACGGCAGCAGCAGCAGCAGAAGCAGCAGAAGCAGCAGAAGCAGCAGCAGCAGCAGAAAGGUCUUUGCGUCGCCGCUUUACCUUCCUUCAGGGAUAUGUCGGCCGUUUAGCCUUGGCUGCUGUAGCCCUCCAUCUCUUAAAGAGAGAGCGGGAGGCAUUUGCUGUGCUGCGUCGCUUGGCAGCAGCAGCAGCAGCAGCACUGCCGCGCAUGCAACCAGAGGAAUGCGAGCUGCUGUAUGGGCGAGCGGGGCUGUUAUAUGCGUUGCUGUUUACCCGCUGCUUGUGGUUGCCUCCUCCACCUCCUUCUUACUUCCCGCCUUUGGCAGCAAAACAGACACAACCACCUGCAGCAGCAGCAGGCCUCUUUAGCGACUGCCAUGAAGGCAGCAGCAAGAGCAGCAGCAGCAGCAGCGAGAGGAAAGAGGAUGUGGAUACCUGCUUACAACGUGCAUCAACUCUUUCCUUGCAGAGCAGCAGCGGGAGUUUCAGGUAUCCAAUGUCCCUCAACUACGGCAGCAGCAGCAGCUUCAGCAGCAGGAGCUUCAGCAGCAGGAGCUUCAGCAGCAGCAGUAGUUUCAGCAGCAGCAGCAGCAGCAGCAGCAAGAAAUGUACUUGUUCAGGUGUAUGCAUGUGUGGAGAGAGAGAGGCAACGCGGCUGCUGCUGCUCGCUCUUAUAGCGCAGCUUGUGGGGCAGAUAGUAGCACAGGGCUUAGCAACAGCAGUAGCGAAUGAAGGUGAUUGCAUGCACUCUUUGGAUAUGCAGCAGCAGCAGCAGGUGCUGCUACCGGAGUCUAUCCCUACUGCCUUCUUAAAAGCAAGACCCCUCGUGCUGCUGUACGAAUGGCACGACAAACAGUACCUAGGAGCAGCACAUGGGGUUUGCGGCAUCUUGCUGCAGCUGCUGCUGGCUGCCGAUACACUGUACCAUGCGGCUGCUGCAGGGUGUUUCCCGGGUCCAACAAGUCCCGCAGCAGCAGCAGCAGCAGGAAGAAAAUCGGCAGCAGCAGCAUCUGCUACAGCUGCUGCUGCUGCCAGCUGGGUUGGCUGUGGCACUGGUGGCAAUGGAGACGAUACAGCAGCAGACCAGGAAGCAAAGUCUGCUGCAGCAAGGCUGCUAGCAUGCUCUCCUGUUGUAUGUAGCGGCAUGCAGCCAAUAAAAGGCAGUGAAGAGGUGCCUGUCUUUUGUCCUGCUGCUACAGAGUUCCUUUGCUGCAGCUCAGGUGUUGCUGCUGCUGCUGCUCUCCGUGACAGCACCUUCAUAGAGACAAAGCAUUCGUGGUGCUCUCCCAGCAGCAGCAGCAGCAGCAGCAGGAAGGAGCAACCGGCACGGGGGGGGCGGGCACCAGUGCUCCGCCUUCUGGUUCGUCCUUGCGUCAGCAACAACAGCAGCAACAGCAACAGGAGGAGGAUUGUCUGCCACAGCUGUACCGACGGCGUCGCUAUCUAA